UCAGGAUUGUCAAUUUCUCAUGCAUGUCUCCCUCGACCGACGCAGUGGACCAUAGCUUAUACUCACCCCCCUUGCCCCGGACCAUCCACUUUGCCCCUUGAACUCGACAGUCGUUCUUGGCUAAGCGUUAGAAGGCUGCCUUGAUGCCUCUGCGGCUCGCAUUCGUUUGCUGUUCUAUUGUCACUCUCCCUUGGCUCACUUCGGUACAUGCGAAGGGAGGCGCCUUAUGGUGUGGGACCCUGAUGUGUGUGGAUGUCGUUACUAGAGGCAACACUGUGUCUUAUGAGAUGAAAGCUCUCAAUCAGCUGGGCUGGAUGUCCAUAGGCUUCGGCUCUUCUAUGAACAACAACACUCCGGUCGUCGUGAUGUGGCCAAACCCAGACGGAUCGAUCACUUUAUCCCAACGGAUAGCUUCAGGCCACGUUGAGCCUAGACUUGACCCAAGUCCUUCGCGGGUAGCCACUGUAUCAGACCACAUGGAUAUUAUUUCGGAUACCAGUCCUAUCCUUGCCUUCGACAUGCCGAAUAAUGGAGACACAGUCGAAAGCCUAAUCUGGGCCUUUGGGGUAACCUCACCAAAUUCUUCGGACCCAUCAGCAGAUAUCGAGCAACAUCUCGACGCAGGGACGUUCUCGUUGGACCUAAUCUCGUCAACACCCACGAACUCUCCAUCCUCUUCCCACUCCUCGACGUCCUCGAGUACUUCUUCGUCUUCGGGACCGGUAUCCCCUUCCGCCGUACCCGCGAUGUCGUCAUCAAGCGAGCAGUCCCAUCAAACUAUUCUCGUUGCUCAUGCAGUCCUCAGCUUCCUCGGGUUUUCUGUGUUCCUUCCGCUCGCUGCCGUGUUAGCUCGCUGGGGCCGCACGCUUUCUAACUACUGGUACCGCGCCCACUGGCUCGUGGUAGCGAUGUUCGGCCUGCCCACGAUGCUUCCAGGGUGGGUACUGGGCCCCGUGCUCGUGUCUCGCCAGCGCCACAAACAUGUUGUGAAUGAACAUCAGAUCGUCGGAGUCCUCGUUUUCGCACUCUGCGUCGUACAACUUUCGGUCGGCACAUUCAUCGGCUUGCGUAGUCGGCCGCCCAGGAAGGCGCAUCCUGUGCGCAAUGUUCUCCAUGUCAUGCUUGGCUUGCUUAUCAUAGGACUGUCUUUCUCUGAGCUCUUCACAGGGAUAUCUCGCACUUUGACACUGAGCUCCAACAGCAAGAGGCUGCUUACAGUUGGCUGUAUCAUCUGGACAACUGUAAGCUCAACCCUGCUGACGUUGCAGGAAGGUUAACUGACAGGCCUGCUCCGACCGGCCGCGAUAUACACCGUUCUAGGGUAUUUCUGCAACAUACGCAUCCGGGCUACUUCGCCUCCGUCGGCAAUUCGACCAAGAACGCUUGGGCUGGCACCUCCCGCUGCCCUCUCCGCCGCGCGCAACGCCCCCUGCAGACGCGCACCCCAUCAUUGUUGGGCAGCUUCUCAGGAAUUCUCCCGGCCGUCCCCCACGCGCUCACGAAGACGAGGACAACGAGCUAGAUGAUGUAUUUCGUCACAUAAGCUCGGGCGGUCCGACCUCCCAAGAUAUGUUGCGGGCACCAUCAGUUAUCGAGAUGCGCGAACUGCAGGGCCACCUCCCUAUCUCCGUGCGCUACUGAUAUGUUGCAGACGUAGUGGUAGCUUAAUUUCCUGAAACGCAUUGGUGGACAAUUAUGCUCAAUAGGUUCUUGAGAUUUGUGCCCUAUUAGGGCGCCGCACUAGAACGAAAAACACCUAGACAUUCGGGAGUAAUUGUACAUAGUUUGCUACAGUGCUGGACGAGACUCUUGGGAGGCCUAUCGAGAUACUACACAUCAUACUACUAUACAGAGUCGUUAUUUGAAUGAUACCGCCGAUAACGUAGAACGUCCAGCAAGCAGUGCGAGGCAUCGGACCCCUUCCCCCAGUGUGCGGCACGUUCCCGUAAUGUGGGAGGGCCGUCUGGAUGGGUGGGGGUUAUGGGAGCGAGGGUGUCGAGCCGGGGGAAUGUUUUGGAACUGUCAAGUCUCUGUUAGCUUAGU